UUAAAAAUGGGAUUGCUGCUUUACUCACUUGCGUUGGUGACACUUUUGGUCAUAUUAUGGAAAAUAAGCUCUGCGGCGAGAUAUUGGAUAAAAUACACUAUAUUCUUCUUGGUGUGCAUAAUGAGCGCGUGUCUUCCAAUUCCUUUGAUGCUGCUAAAACCAAGAGAUAGCAGAAAUGCACUAAUACCAGCAGCAGGAUUAAGAGCAUCCCUCAGCUUCCUUGGAUUGAAAUACACUGUAGAAGGUCAUGAGAACAUCGUAAAAAAUAGUGGGAGUGUUAUACUUAUCAACCACCAGAGCUUUCUGGAUCUCAUAAUUCUGGCAUAUAUUUGGCCCAUCAUGCCAAACUGCACUGUGAUCUCUAAAAAAGAAAUAUUUUACCUGCAACCGUUCGGUCUGGCGAGUUGGUUAUGGGGAACUAUUUUCAUCGACAGAGUGAAACCCAAAGAUGCACAAAAGGCUAUCAAUAAAACGGGAGAAACCAUCAAAACCAGAAAGGCUCGAGUAUUGAUGUUUCCUGAAGGAACUAGAAACAGCGGCAAGACACUUUUACCAUUCAAAAAAGGUGCUUUUCAUUUAGCUGUAGCUUCCCAGUGCCCCAUACAGCCUGUUGCUGUUUCAAGAUAUACAUUUUUGGGAAAAAAUCGUUUCGACGACGGUCACGUGACGAUGAGAAUUCUUCCACCUAUUUCUACAGAAGGUUACAAAAAUGAAGACAUUCCCAAAUUGAUGGAGGAAUCCUACAAAAUCAUGUCGGAAAACGUUGAUCAAAUUUCAGCAUCAGAUCUUCAGAAUGGCACAAGUGAAAAAGUCAAAUAAUUAUAUGUUAUUUACAUUCAUUUUGCAACAAAUGGGUGAAAUGAUUGUGUAGAUUUUAUUUUGUGGGCUAGACUGUGUUGCAGAGAAAUGUAUCAAUGUGGGUAGUAUAUUUGAAUUCAUUAUUUGAGUUUAUUAACAUAAUUUUUACAUUUCUCGUGUGAUUUGGUGAGAAGACUUAGAACGAAUAUUUGCAUUCGUUAAACUAUUCAUAAAAUAAUUAUGUUAAAUAUUUGAUAUUUAUUAUAUUUUGUUAU